AUGGCAAAUAGAUUUAAAACCUUUCACCAUUUGUCACUAUCAAAGGACGGAAAAUUUCUUUCCUUCUUUUCUUCCUUUUAUUUUGCUUCCCAAAUGGUUUUUUUCCUUUUUCUUUCUCUUUCCUUUUUCUUUCUCUUUCCUUCUUCUUUCUCUUUCCUUCUUCUUUCUCUUUCCUUCUUCUUUCUCUUUCCUUUUCCUUUCCUUUUUAGUCAUGUAGGUGACCAUCUAUCUAUCUAUUUAUAUAUCUAUCUAUCUAUCUAUCUUUGUUACCUUUCUUUCUUUCUUUUUCUUUCUAUUCUAUCUAUCUAUCUAUCUAUCUUAUCUAUCUAUCUCAGUCUGUUAUAUCUGUUAAAUCUAUCUAUCUUUCUCAGUCUCGUUAUAUCUAUCUAUUUUAUCUAUCUAUCUAUCUAUCUAUCUAUCUAUCUAUCUAUCUAUCUAUUUUAUUUCCUUUCUUUCUAUCUAUCUAUGUUUCUCAGUCUCGUUAUAUCUAUCUCAUCUAUCUAUCUCAGAUCUAUUUAUAUCUAUCUAUCUAUCUAUCUAUCGAUCUAUUAUCUAUCUAUCUAUCUAUCUAUUCAUCUAAAUGUUAUCUAUGUUCCUUUUCUUGAUAUCUAUCUAUCUAUCUAUCUAUCUCAGACUUUUAAUCAUUCUAUCUAUCUAUCUAUCUAUCUAAAUUCUAUCUAUUUAUCUAUCUCAGAUAUUUAUAUAUAUCUAUCUAUAUAUCUAUCUCAGUCUCGUUAUCUCUAUCUAUCUAUGUUCAUUUUCUUUCUAUCUAUCUUUCUCAUUUUCUUUCUGUUUUAUAAAUAUAUCAAUAAGAAAACCGAUUAA